UCACUGCAGCGGGUGCCUGUGCCCCCCAGGGCUCCAUGCCAUUCCUCGGGGGCAGCGAGGUGAAGAGCCGGGCCGUGGUGAAGUACUCCUCGGCCCCCCCUCGGGCAGCCUUCGCGCGCCUGGAAGAGAAGACAGACUUGAAACUGCCCCCUGCCAACUGGCUACGGGAGAGCGCCAAGCUGGGGCCCGCGGGCACCGCCAUCCUGGGCACCAGUAAGAAGAGCAAGCCGUUUUCCAGCUUUGGGAUGGCGUACGACUUUAUUGACUCCGUGGGCAACGAUGUGGACGUUGUCUCUGACUCUGAGAACAUAAAAAAGCUCCUGAAGAUCCCCUACAGCAAGUCCCACGUGAGCAUGGCCGUGCACCGCGUCGGGAGGACCCUCCUGCUGGACGAGCUGGACAUCCAGGAGCUCUUUAUGAGGUCUUCCCAGACUGGUGAUUGGACGUGGCUGAAAGAGUUUUAUCAGAGACUUAUUGAUCAGAAGUGGCAGAGGAAGAAAAAGAGCAAAGAGCAUUGGUAUCAAAAGGCUAUUCUUUCCAAGUUUUUAUAUUACAGUAUCAAUGGCGAUGGAGCCGCACAGCCCGUCCCAUCUGCUGCAGAGCAGCGGGAAUCAUCCAGUUCAGACCAGACAGGUGACUCGGACGGGGCGUCGUGGCCCGCCCCCUUCGAAAUGCCUUCUCCAGUUUCCGAAGAUCCCAGUGCUUCCAGUCAGGGUCUUAAAAAUGAUUUUGUUCGGAAUAUUCUGUGGACGUUUGAAGAUAUACAUAUGUUGGUUGGCUCCAACAUGCCUAUAUUUGGAGGAGGCAGAUACCCAGCAGUCAGCUUACGUCUCAGGGAUAACAACAAACCAAUCAAUGUGCUCACCGGAAUUGACUAUUGGCUGGACAACUUGAUAUGUAAUGUACCGGAGCUUGUGAUGUGUUUCCAUGUAAACGGGAUUGUACAGAAGUAUGAAAUGAUAAAGACAGAAGAGAUUCCCAAUUUGGAAAACUCUAAUUUUUCUACUAAAGUCAUAAAAGACAUUGCACAGAAUAUUUUAUCCUUUCUGAAAUCUAAUUGCACCAAAGAAGGACAUACCUAUUGGCUCUUUAAAGCGAGUGGCAGUGACAUAGUGAAGCUCUAUGAUCUCACGACUCUUUGUGAAGAAACUGAAGACAAAUACCAAAACCCGUUCACAAUGCCAGUGGCCAUUCUCUUAUACAAGGUUGCCUGCAACAUGAUGAUGAAGAAGAACCAAAAUAAGAAACACUACGGAACUAUCAGAACGCUGCUUCUCAACUGUGUUAAAUUGUUGGACAAAAGCAGACACCCUCAAAUUAUUGCUUCAGCCAAUUACAUGCUUUCAGAACUCUUUCAAUUGGAUGAACCUAAAAAAGAAGAAAGUUCCGAGUCUCCCUUAAAUGAGAAUUCUGAUGAAAGUUACAGUGAGGAGGAGGAGGAGAUGCCAGACAGCGAUGAAAAUGGGUCCUAUUGCACCAGCUCCGACCCUCCCGAUGACAACAAAGCAGUGGCCAUCAUCAAGUCUGUUGGAGAACUGUCAGUUCCAGAGAAGUACAAAUCCAUCCAUCAGAUCAGACCCAGUUGUGCGUUUCCAGUUUGCCAUGACACCGAAGAGCGCUGCAGACUGGUGCUUAGCUAUGUUCUGGAGGGUUUAAAAUCUGUGGACAGCAGCAUUAAGAAGGAAAGCGACCUCCCUGCAGCUGACCCCAGCACCCCGAUCCCGCUGAAAUAUGAAGAUGAAAGCGCAAGGGGUGGUCCUGAGGGUCUGGAGAAGCAGAUGGCCUUGUUUUUGGACAAAAUGGGCUCCCUGCAGAAGGGCAAUUGCUCCAGCCAGUCCGGAAUGACCCCUGGCUCCUGGCAACAUAAAAUGAAGCUCCAGCUGAUCCUCAAGUCAUCAAAAGCCUAUUACGUGUUGUCUGACGCUGCCAUGAGCCUGCAGAAAUACGGACGCGCGCUCCGAUACAUCAAAUUAGCUCUGCAGAGCCACGACACUUACUGCUGCCUCUGCACCAAUAUGCUCUCCGAAGUGCUGCUGUUCCUCUCCCAGUACCUGACGCUGUGCGGCGACAUCCAGCUGAUGCUGGCCCAGAACGCCAACAACCGGGCGGCUCACCUGGAGGAGUUUAACUACCAGACGAAGGAGGACCAGGAGAUACUGCACAGCCUCCACCGGGAGUCCAGUUGUCAAGGAUUUGCGUGGGCGACUGAUCUGUCUACAGACUUAGAAAGUCAGCUUUCUGUUAGUUGUAAAUGUUAUGAGGCUGCCAAUGAAAUCCUGCAGUUUAGUGACUUAAAAAGCCAGAAUCCAGAACACUACAUGCAAGUGCUGAAGAGAAUGGGCAACAUUAGGAAUGAAAUCGGGGUGUUUUACAUGAACCAGGCUGCUGCGUUACAGAGCGAGCGAGUGGUGAGCAAAAGUGUGUCGACUGCAGAGCAACAGUUGUGGAAAAAGAGCUUUUCUUGCUUUGAGAAAGGAAUUCACAACUUCGAGUCAAUUGAUGAUGCUACAAAUGCUGCCCUCUUGUUAUGUAACACGGGAAGGCUCAUGCGGAUUUGUGCACAGGCGCACUGCGGCGCAGGGGACGAAUUUAAACGUGAAUUUUCACCAGAGGAAGGCUUGUAUUAUAACAAGGCCGUGGACUACUACCUGAAAGCGCUGAGGUCCCUGGGAACACGAGACAGACACCCUGCCGUCUGGGACUCGGUGAACUGGGAGCUGUCCACCACCUACUUCACCAUGGCCACGCUGCAGCAGGACUACGCGCCGCUGUCCAGGAAAGCACAGGAGCAGAUUGAAAAAGAGGUCAGCGAAGCUAUGAUGAAGUCCCUGAAAUACUGCGACGUGGACUCGGCAUCUGCCCGCCAGCCCCUCUGUCAGUAUCGAGCUGCCACCAUCCACCACAGGCUGGCGUCCAUGUACCACAGCUGCCUGCGGAAUCAGGUCGGGGACGAGUACCUCCGGAAGCAGCACCGCGUGCUGGCCGACCUGCACUAUGGCCAAGCGGGGCGGCUCUUCCAGCUGCUCAAGGACACGCCCUGCGAGCUGCUGCGGGUGCAGCUGGAGCGGGUGGCCUUCGCCGAGUUCCAGAUGAGCAGUCAGAAUAGCAACGUCGGGAAAUUGAAAACACUCUCUGGGGCUCUUGACAUCAUGGUGAGAACUAAGCACGCGUUCCAGCUCAUCAGGAAGGAGCUCGUGGAGGAGCUGGGCCAGCCCAAGAGUGAGGAGCCGACGCCCGUGGCCGACGCGGCGCCUGGUCUGAACAGAGAGGAGGUGCUCAAGCUGCUCAGCAUCUUCGAGUCGCGGCUGGCCUUCCUGCUGCUCCAGUCCAUCAAGCUGCUGUCUCCCGCCAAGAAGAAGACAAGCAAUAACGUGGAAGAAGAUGUGGCCCUCAAAACCAACAAGCACAUUUACUCCCAGCUUCUGAGAGCGACCGCCAACAAGAACACGAGCCUCCCGGAGAGGAUCGACGUCCUCGUCCACCUGCUGGACCAGCUCGCGCGGGGCAGCGCCGUGCAGUGACUCGCCAGGGCCGCGCCCCAGGUGCCUCGUCCGUGCCUUCUGCACUCGGCCGGUUUGCCACUCGGUGCUUCGUUAUUAAACGCGUGGGAGGUACCCGCUCCGGUGGGCACCGCGCGGCAGCACAGCGUCCUCAUUCCCCACAGAUGGGGCCGGCGAGCUCCGCUCCCGCCUGGGAAGCGCCGGAAUCAGUGAGACGCAGCUCCGCGCUGCUCUCAGAAGCGGAGGUGUGGUGCCGUCACACUGUAAGUGUUGUUGAGUCUGUUAAGCUACGUGGGUUUCAGACACAAUUCUUUUGGAUAAAUGUUACGUUCGGUCAAGGGGACCUUUAUCCCGGGGACGUCGGUGGUCAUGUGGUUAGAGCCACGGAGUUUCUCUCGGAACGGCACGGAAAGAAGUCGUCUUUCUAAGCUUCAGUGCGGAGUUUCCGAAGACCAGCCGUUGUGCAGUUCUCUGUGUUAGUGCGUGUUCUGAAGGACCCACUUCUCUUUAACUUGGAUAACAGUUGACCAAGAAUAGGUUCUACCCCCACUUUUAUUUUAAACUUGAAACUGUGAAUAAGGUCAGAAAACUAUUUUGAAUAAAUAAGUUAUUUAUUUAAAA